UUUUAUAGGACUAACCUUUGAUUAGUUUUUUUAUUACGCAUGCGAAAACGAAUUCUCGUGCUAACUGUUGCACAUGGGAUUUAAUCGAUAUUAGCAAAAUAUUCAAUUUUCACUUAUAAAACGUAAAUUUUCGAUGUAACGAUCAAUACAUAAAUAUAUACAUAUACAUAUAAAAGUAAUAGAAAAAUUUGGCUACACCAUGGAAAUUCAAUACGUUUACGUGAAAACACGUUCUCAAUUUGGAAAACAAUGCUUUUUCGAUGAAUUCGGACCAAGUGUCGAUGAGAAUAUCGCAACGAAUCCAGAAAUUACGGCGGAUUACAUAACAAGAAAUCCAUGUCACGUCGGUGUUCAAAAAUCAAAGCAAUAUGCAUUGCACGAAAUUCAAACCAGCGACGCCGUUACGAAGGAAAGUGGGAUGUUCCACACGGAGGGUGGUUGGCCCAAGGAAUUGAAUCCAAAAGACGAAGAAGCUACGAUGCGAUUUCGUCGGAGGGUCGAGAAGGACGAUAAUUGGGCACCAAAAAUGAAUACAUUAAUGGAACCCGUGGAGCACUGCGUAUUGCAAAACAAUGCGGUGAACAUUUAUGAAAAUUUCUUCGACGACAUGGUACCCACGGAAUUAGUUCUACCGUUGGCCGCAAGAACUGUAAACGUCUACGCGGAUCCGCAACUGAAUGUCAGGCCAGUAACGCAUCUGUCAUGGUCGCCCGAUCAUGGAAAACGCUUGGCCGUGUCCUACUGUCUAAUGGAAUUUCAAAAGAGCACCAAUGACUUAAGCUCAUAUUCCUACAUAUGGGACAUAGAAAAUCCUAAUAAGGCUUUCAUGGCCCUAAAAGCAUUUUGUCCUUCGGUAGUUAUAGAAUUCAAUCCUAGGGACCCUUCGAUGCUAAUAAGUGGCCUGAUGUCGGGCCAAGUGUGCAACUGGGACAUAAGAACCGGAAAUGUGCCAGUUCAAGUAUCAGAGUUGCAGUACAGCCACAGGGAUCCAGCGAAUCUUGCACUCUGGAUAAAUUCAAAAACGAAUUCCGAGCUUUUCUCAGCAUCGACCUGCGGUACCAUGAAAUGGUGGGACAUCCGUAAAUUGCGUGAGCCAACGGAGACUUUGGUGCUUGACCUUGAUAAUCCAUUGAGAUCGGACGAAGUUCGAGCGAUCGGAGUAUCGGCUUUGCAAUUUGAAGCCACUAUGGGCACAAAGUUUAUGGCUGGUAUGGAGAACGGAACAGUGAUAAGUGGAAGCCGAAAGGGGAAAAAUCCGGCUGAGAAAUUGGCAUUACGUUUUCGCUGCCAUUACGGACCGGUAGUAGCCAUCGAUCGGAAUCCGUUCAGUACGAAGAAUUUUUUGACGGUCGGCGACUGGACUGUCAAGAUUUGGGCGGAAGACACGAAGGAAGGCUGCCUUAUCAGUACCAUACCGCGUACUACGAUCCUGAAUGGUGGCUGCUGGAGUACAUCUCGCUAUUCGGUCUUCUACGUAAUCGAUAUGUCUGGCCAGUUGGAGGUGUACGAUCUUCUAGUCGGUAUGGAAGGUCCAGUAAGGACCCUCAGAUUAUGCGAGGAUCGUCUUGGCGCUAUAGCGCCGCACGAGGAAGGAAAAUUGGUAGCUGUUGGAAGUUCGAGAGGCAACGUGUAUCUCGUUGAGUCAUCGGAGGCAUUCACUGUUAAUGGGAAGAAUGACAAAGCUUUAAUGACUUCGUAUUUGGAUAGAUGCAGCAGAUACGAGAAGGCGAUUGACAAUAGGCUCAAGGAAGUGAAACUUGCUCAAAGGAUAAUUUUCGAAGAGGUCCUUGAGCCUGUCUUGACGCGAGAUAGAAGCAAGGUUAAGAAUAAGGAUAAGAAGGAAAAAGUAAAGAAGAAGGAAAAGGAUAAAGACAAGGGCAAGGAAAAGGAUAAAGAUAAAUUCGAUAUUGAACAUAAGACUAGCUUAAGACAAAAGUCGAGGUCGAAGGAAAGGGCCAAAGAAAAAUCGGAAGAGAAGGACAAAAAGAAGUCGAAGAGUAAAAGGGCAAAGGAUGGCGUAACCUUUCCUGACGAUCCCGAAUUGGUUACAGUCGAACUACAAUAUUACGAGACAAUUCAAAAGGAGAUUGAAAAAUAUGCAAACAUCGAGGAUACGGAACAGGAGGAUCCUGCGAGCAAAUUCGAGUCGCCUGGGAAACGUAAAAAACUCGAGGAAUCCCGUGAUAAGGAUGCGCGUCAGAAAUCUGAUAAGGAUGAUCAAAUGAAACAGAUCGUAAUUCUAAAGAAGUUUGCCGAGCCACAGCGGGAGUCGCAGGACCUGACUGAUCGUCUGGACUUGGAUAUGGUCGACGACGUUAAUGCUUCUGUCGUUCUUCAAGAGUCUAAGGAGAAAAUCAAGAGUCCUGGCAAAGCGUCUCCUGGCGCGCGUAAACACUCGCGCCGCGCCAAGGGUUUUCGGCUGAAGGAGGAAAAACCCUGUGGAACCGAAAUUUGCCAGCCGACCGUGUGUUGUCUCGCUAAAAUUGAUAAAUCAACUACCAAGAAGGGUAAGGAGACUUGGACGGAUUUGGAUUCCCACGGUAGAAGGAACACACAAACGCUGCUCAUAGCGUUACCGAAAGCUUUGAGAAAGUCUGUGGAAGAUUCCGAUACCAAAAUGAAAACUCUGAUGGGUGAGAAAAAGCAAAUUUUGAGGAACAAGGAUGCACCACCCAAUAUCCUACAAGCGGAAGUGCUGAGUGCAAGAGAAAAAUUGCGAGCGGAAGUAGAUCGCACGAAGGCUGUAAAGGGUGGCUUUUCUACGGUCAAACGAGAAAAGUCGCUAAAAUCGGCAAGAGAGGAGGGAGCGGAAGUCGAUCUAGUAGCGGAAGUGCACAAGGACGAAGAAUCUCUACAGGUGCAGUCGCAAGUGUUCGUCGAACCGGAAGUCAGCCACUCUGAGGCGGAAAGUGAAAAACCGAGAAAAACGACAGCUAUCCAGGAUGAGUGCGAACUCGAAACAGCUAAGAUUUCCAUCGGUCAAAUAGUUGGUAAGCCUGAGGGCUUCAGGUUACCAGUUGCUUAUCGAAAAAUCGAUUUCCCGAAAGUCAACUCAUCAAAGAGACAAGAUGUUUAUCCGAGAAUUUCAGCGGCUGUUAUCACGAAAAUUUCGACUUCGCACGAGUACAACGAGACGGAGACGAAAUAAGUAUAUUUUGCGAUGACAAAUAUUUUUUUAGGUGU